GCAGGCGCCCCCCCCGCUGGCGGCCGCAUGGUGCUGUUCGCCAAGCGGCCCCAGGAGGACGAGGAGCCCUCGGACGGGCAGGACAUCGUGGUCGGCUCGCACGUCGUCGUACUGAGUGGUCGGCACUUCCCGGCGUUCGGCGCGGGGGACCUGGGCUUGGUGAGUCGUGUGGACAAGGAGGCCCAGAACUGCGAGGUGCUCUUCGAGGGCAGAUCGAGCGCGGUGCCCGUCGCGCUGAGGCACUUGCGGGUCCACCGGUGGCCGACGUCGCCAAAGGCGGGCCGGCACGGGGCGGACCGCGCGGGGCUGGGCUUCGGCGGCGGCAACAGCGCCGCGGCCUCCGCGCCGGAGGACGGCGCGUGGCAGCCGUGCUCGCCAAGGCUCCCGGCCGCGCGCAGAGGCCGUGCGAGUACAUGGACAGCACCGCGGGCUUCGCGGCCGGCCUCGCGGCCGUCAGCGCGGUCUCCUCGGGCGCGCCCGCCGCGGGGGCCCGCGGCGCGGCCCCGCGGCCGCCCGACGCCGCGCUGGGCCCCGAGUGCGCGGGCGGCGGGCCGCUGGACUUCCUCGCCGCGGGCCCUGCGCCGUGCCGCGGACCUAGCGCUGCCCUGGAUCGGCUCGCGCGCGGCGGCCGCCUCGCGCGCGGCAGCCGUGUGGCGAGGGACAGGUCGCGCGAAGCGCGGCUGGCGGCCGCCCCGGUCG